UCGGAAUUGUCAAAACUCAAAACAGAGAGAAAAAAAGGGAAGUAGAGAGAAUCAGAUCUGGUUUGUCUUCGACUGUUAGGGUUUUGGAUUAGAUAGCUGAGGUUUCGCUCGUUCUCUGACAAUGGCGAAACCGAGGCCUUUCCGGACCCCUAACAAGAGAUCGUCCACUUACACGCUUGCGCUUGCCAUGCUUCUCAUGCUCACUUUCGUUCUCCUCAUGCUCCUCGCUCUCGGUAUCUUCUCUCUUCCUGUCAGCAGCAAUGAUACCUCGAAAGCAAACGAUCUCAGCUCGUUCGUCCACAGGACUGUGCAUAGAAAUGAUGGUGGAUUCGGAGAGAGAGGUGAGCAGUGGACUGAAGUUCUUUCCUGGGAGCCCAGAGCGUUUAUUUACCAUACUUUCCUGUCCAAGGAAGAAUGUGAGUACUUAAUUGAGCUUGCAAAGCCUCAUAUGGAGAAGUCAACAGUUGUUGAUAGCACAACAGGAAAGAGUAAAGAUAGCAGGGUACGCACAAGCUCUGGAACAUUUCUCAAGAGAGGACAAGACAAAAUCAUAAGGAACAUAGAGAAAAGGAUCGCAGAUUUCACUUUCAUACCUGUUGAGCAUGGGGAAGGACUUCAAAUUCUCCACUAUGAGGUUGGACAGAAGUAUGAGCCUCAUUAUGACUACUUCCUUGAUGAAUUUAACACUAAGAAUGGGGGUCAAAGGAUGGCAACUCUUCUUAUGUAUCUCUCUGAUGUUGAAGAAGGAGGGGAGACAAUAUUUCCCUCCACCAAUACCAAUUUCAGCUCUGUGCCAUGGUAUAAUGAGUUAUCUGAAUGUGGAAAAAAGGGUUUGUCUGUUAAACCAAAGAUGGGUGAUGCAUUGCUAUUCUGGAGCAUGAGGCCUGAUGCCACUCUGGAUCCUUCAAGCUUGCAUGGUGGUUGCCCUGUGAUCAAAGGAAAUAAGUGGUCCUCUACAAAGUGGAUGCAUAUAAAUGAGUAUAAGGUCUAAGCUAUUGUUCUCAAGGUUACCAAGUUGAGUUUGCUGAGGUGGGCAAUUGUUGUAGUGUGUACAACACGCUUUAGAAUUCCAGCGAGAGCUCCAAGUUUUUGUGGGGAUUGAAACCUAGCAUGUAAGCUUGUAUUUUGUACGACCCAGAUGCCUUGUAAAAUUUUGAUAGAUCUCUCUGCUGACUCUAUUCAGGUUGGAAGGAAUCUCCCUUUCCAGGACAUGACACGUGACAAUAAAAUCUAAGUUUUAGCGGGAGGGUUAAUUAUUUUUUUUUUUACAAUUCUUAGUAUAAUGGAAGUAGCUGCCGAUACUUGGACAUGGAAUUGUAAAACUAAAAAUACUUCUAGAUGUAAAUGCAACAGGUUAGAUAUGUUUCAUUUACUCUGUGGCCGGUGGCACUCCCUCUUCAUGCUACUACACUAGCCUACUGUAUUUCCUUUUUCAACUGUAUUGACCAAUACAUAGUAGCUUGCAUUUAAAUCA